AUGCCUCUGGGGAAGGAAUUCAGGAAGAAAGCAGAGGACAUCACAGCAGUGUAUGAUCUGAGAGAGAAGAUAGGAGAGGGAUCAUUCUCCGUGGUGUACGUGGCUCAGCACCGCCGCUCCCUGAAACUUGUAGCAGUCAAGUGUAUCCACAAGAGGGCGCUAAAGGGCAAAGAAGGCAUGUUGGAGAAUGAGAUAGCAGUGCUACGCAGAAUCAACCAUCCCAACAUUGUGGCAUUGGAGGAGACCUUCGAGACAUCUACAAAGCUUUAUCUGGUUAUGACUCUUGUUACAGGAGGCGAGUUGCUGGACCGUAUUCUGGAGAAGGGGAGUUACACUGAGAGGGAUGCCAGCCGUGUCAUACAACAGGUUCUGGAGGCAGUCCAAUACCUCCACCAGCUGGGCAUCGUGCACAGGGACCUGAAGCCUGAGAACCUACUGUAUCAGACUCCGUCGGAAGAUUCCAAGAUUGUCAUCAGUGACUUUGGCCUGUCCAAGAUGGAGGAGCAGGGGGUGCUCACCACAGCAUGUGGAACCCCUGCUUAUGUGGCACCAGAGCUUCUGCAGCAGAAAUCAUAUGGCAAAGAAGUGGACCUAUGGGCUCUGGGGGUGAUCACCUAUAUACUACUCUGUGGCUACCCUCCGUUUUAUGACGAGAGUGAGUCACAUAUGUACAGGCAGAUCAUAAAGGCUGAAUAUGAGUUUGACUCCCCGUAUUGGGAUGAAAUCUCUAAUUCAGCAAAAGAUUUCAUUCCGCACAUGUUGCAGAAAGAACCAGAGAAGAGGUACAAUUGUGAGCAGGCCUUGAAGCAUCUUUGGAUAUCAGGAGGAGCCGCUCUGGAGAAGAACAUUCAUGGAUCCGUCAGUAAGCAGAUCCAGAAGAACUUUGCUAAGAGCCAGUGGAAGAGGGCAUUCAAUGCCACGAUGGUGGUGCGGCACCUCAGUAAGAAGAAUCUAGUAGUAGAGGAGGAGGCUAAGGAUAAGGCAGAGACCAAGGCUACACUGUAAGGUUGUGACCUUUAAUCCAUGGGUAGAAGAGAAAUUACCGAGAAGAAUCCUGUGACAGACCAGUCUGAGUGGUCAUUUCUGCUCUCAAGCGUCUCUGUAUGUGAUAAAAAGAAAAUACAGUGUGAAACUUUCUUUCUGCCAGCAGAGAGCACUCUUAAUCAAGCUUAAGUUCUUAUUUUUGUUGUCUGUCAUCUAAACAUUGCUCAGACUCUGGUUGGGCCCCAUACACUUCAGCAAUAAGACUAAUUUGACUCAUCAAGUGUAAUUUUGUUCAUAAAUCCAUAUAGGCUUAGUACCUGUUGACCAUGCAUGG